AUGGAGGAAGAGGAUAUCGAUCCAAAAUUUGAUGAUAUCCUGAAACUAGUAAAGGAUAGUGUCAAUCAAUCGAUGAGCAAGUUUGCCAGUAUAUUGAAUCUCACCCCUAGAAUAGAGCAGUCUGAGGGCGAAACGCAAUCAUUGAUGACGAAUAGGCCUCAGAGAGGUGAAUAUCGAGAAGGCUCCAUGAUGUAUAGUAAUGCAUAUAGACCUAAUGAGUGUAACAGGUUUCGUGGUACAUCCUCAACAGAUAAGUUGCAAGAUGCAAGAGAAACACGGUUGUGUUUUACACGUGUGCAAGAGAUGCAUACAGAAGUGAACUGUGAACCAGUGAGCAAGUUCAGUGAUAAGCUAAAUGUAAACUCCAGGCCUGACUCCGAAUUGUGUGACGGUAACGGUGCGGUGAAGAAGUCUGUAGUUGCAAGUGGUAAGCCAUUGUUGAAUAGAGUGUCACAGAAUAGAGUUACAGUUUCAGAGGGUAGUUCUGACUCCACAAGUUUACAAAGUAUAACUAGUCAGAGUGAAGAUAUAAAACCUUUAAUGAUUUGUGAGGAGAAGCCAAAAUUGUCUACUUCUGUUAUUAAAGAGUUUGAAAAUGAUGAACUUGACGUGAAGAUCUGUCUUUGGUUGAUCAUGAUGAAAUGGAGGGGAAUGCCUACUACUGCUAAGUUGAACAAAGGUUCUGUACAACUUGGAGGUGAAGUAGAUUUAAGAGCAGAUGCAGUGGUAGAAGUUAUGGGUGUUUGUGAGACCAUCAGUGUAAAUGAUCAGCGUGUAGCCCACCUAUCAUCAGAUGCUAGUGCUAAACCUGAGCUGAUAGUAAAAUACAGCAGUGAUGGUGGUCUUGCAGGUAGACACAUUUCUGAAAGCCGAACAAGAACAGCUUCUGAUCCACCGCUAACUUCAUCAACUGGUAUCAAUCAGUCGUCGUUGGUGCUGUCAACCACAAUGAAACAGACGCCCAUCAACUAA